AUGGUUGCCUACAAGAAUAUUGCUUUGUUGGCUUUAACCUUCACAAUUGCCUCAGUUGAAUCGUUAUCAAUUGUUGGGGCUCGUCCAUACAUUGAUAAAGCAUUAUCAGUAUUUGACAUCAAGACUCCUAAUUCGCAAAGUGAAAAACCCGAAAUUAUUUUGACUUUUGCUGGUCCAGACGAUAAACCUGUUCCCGGAGAUUCCCCUAUUGUUCAAUGUGAAGCUUCUGUGCCACAACUUUUGAAUUUGCAAAGUGUAGUCAUUGACCCAAAUCCACCACUUAGGGGAGAAAACUUGACAUUCGUGGCUAAGGGAGUUUUAUCUCAGGAUAUUGAAGAUGGAGCCUACGUUGAAGUCGAUGUUAGAUACGGUUUCAUUAAAUUGCUCCACCAAACCUUCGAUUUGUGCGAGGAAAUCACCAAGAUUGACUUGGAAUGUCCUAUUUCAAAGGGUCAGCAAGUCAUUGAGAAGAAGGUUGAAAUUCCGGCUGAAGUCCCUCCUGGAAAGUACAUUGUUAGUGCAAGAGCCUACACGAAGGAUGAUAUCUUUAUCACUUGCUUAUCAGCCAUGGUGGAAUUCCCUCCUCUUUGA